CUUCGUUCCCCAACCUUGGAGAAAUUAAAUUUCCAAGUAGAAAAGUCUUUCCUAUCAUUAUCUAUAUAAUUUUCUUGUAUAUAUAAUAUUUCUAGCUACUAGUUAGAAAUAUUGAAUCUACCAUUUGGCAGCAUGGACCUUCUGCAACUUUUGUUCCUAAUCUCCAUUGCCGCAACCACAACCUUGUGCUUUUCUCUCAACCUCCAAGUUCCUACUCCCAACUUGUCUACCACAUAUCAGGAUUAUUCAUUGAAAAAGCAGAUAGUUGGGCUGGUCAAUGAGUUUCACACAGUAAAUUGGAUGAAGAAUGUGAGGAGAGAAAUCCAUGAAAACCCAGAACUUGCAUAUGAAGAAUUCAAAACAAGUGCACUCAUUAGGCGCGAGCUUGACAAGCUUGGUGUUGCAUAUACAUGGCCUGUGGCGCAUACUGGUGUGGUGGCCACUAUUGGCUCUGGCUCUCCUCCCUUUGUUGCUCUGAGAGCAGAUAUGGAUGCUUUGCCCAUUCAGGAAUUGGUGGAAUGGGAGCACAAGAGCAAAGUGGACGGAAAAAUGCAUGCUUGUGGCCACGACGCGCAUGUUGCCAUGCUUCUUGGUGCUGCUAAAGUACUUCAACAACUGAAAGACACAUUACAGGGAACUGUUGUUCUUAUAUUCCAACCAGCUGAGGAACGCGGCAUAGGCGCGAAGGACAUGAUCAAAGAAGGGGUGCUUGAUAAUGUGGAGGCCAUCUUUGGGUUGCACGUAGUGCAUAGAUAUCCAAGUGGUGUUGUUGCAUCAAGGCCUGGAGAAUUUCUAGCUGGUUGUGGGAGCUUCAAAGCAAAGAUUCAUGGAAAAGGGGGUCAUGCAGCAAUUCCUCAACAAUCCAUUGAUCCAAUUGUAGCAGCAUCAGCAUCAGUGAUUAGCUUGCAAAACAUUGUCUCGAGAGAGGCAGACCCUUUAGAUUCCCAGGUGGUUUCUGUAGCUAUGAUUCAAGCAGGGACUUCAUUUAACAUCAUCCCAGAAUCAGCUACAAUUUCCGGUACUUUUAGAGCUUUUAGCAAGAAGAGCUUCAAUGCAAUCAGGGAAAGAAUAGAAGAGGUUGUAAAAGGGCAGGCAGCUGUACAUAGGUGCUCUGCUGAGAUUGAAUUCUUAGGAAAUGAACAUCCUAGCAUCCCCCCUACUGUAAACGAUGAGAGAAUUUACGAACAAGCAAGACGCAUCUCAACUGAAAUAGUAGGAAAAGAAAACACAAAAUUAGCUCCUACCUUCAUGGGGAGUGAGGAUUUUGCUUUCUACUUGGAUAAGGUACCUGGGUCAAUGCUAUUUUUAGGCACAGGAAAUGAAAAGAAAGGAGCCAUAUAUCCACCACAUAGUCCUUACUUUUUCAUUGAUGAGGAUGUGCUUCCUAUUGGUGCUGCAAUACAUGCAGCUUUUGCCCAUUCUUACCUAUCAGAUUCGACUGGGAAGUUGCACCUUCAUAUCUGAAAGUCCCUUCUUCUUACUUACUCCAAUUGUUUCAUUAAAUGUCAAGUAUACAACUUACUUGUUCCUCCAUUGGUGUUUCUUCAAGCUGGAUGGUGGGAGUUCUACAGAGACUUGCCGGUUAUGUAUAUAUUUAUGAUUUAAAGUCAUAUCACAAGUUCAGUCUGUUUUACAAAUCCAGCUCACUUGUAUGUUCAUCUCAAUUGGUCUUGUUAACCAAAUCCUUGAUAUCUCCACCAGAUGGUAAAUGAAGUUUUUCCUUCUUUCUUUUAUGUUUGUGCCUUUGAGUAUGUGCGUUUUGAGUGUGCAUAUGGAUGGUUUCAUAUAUUUGUAACAGCCAGCACCUUUCAGGUUUUUAAUUUAGAGACCUUUUAUUCCA